AUGGUAUGCGCGUGGCUUGUUCCUCUGCUGGCAUGGUGCGCGACCACUGUUGCUAUCACGAACAAGGCCGCUCUUCGUGAUUGUCUGACAACCGCCGUCGGGCACGAUGCGACCCUUGUCGCGUUGGACGGGGACCUUCUUUACCAAAUACAUGCGGUACAGGUCUACAACCUCAAUUUACCCAUUACGCCCGCCGCAGUCACAUUCCCAAAAUCCUCAGAUCAUGUCACCGGGGUCGUCCGCUGUGCGACUGCGUUUGGAUACAAGGUCCAGGCGAAGUCUGGUGGUCACAGCUACGGAAACUAUGGUUUGGGGGGCACGGACGGCGCGAUUGUCGUGGACCUUCGCCAUAUGAAGCAGUUCUCUUUCGAUGCUACCACCAAGCAGGCCACUGUAGGCGGAGGCAUGCUCAACGGUGAGCUCGAUACCCACUUACAUGCCGCCGGGAACCGGGCGGUCGCACAUGGCACCUCCCCACAAAUCGGUAUCGGUGGCCAUGCUACCAUUGGAGGACUGGGUCCGACUGCUCGGCAGUGGGGGAUGGAGCUGGACCAUGUGGUUGAAGCAGAGGUCGUUUUGGCCAACGGGUCCGUCGUACGUGCAUCAGCCACACAGCACCAAGACGUUCUGUUCGCGGUGAAGGGCGCCGGGGCGAGCUUUGGGGUCGUGACCGAGUUUGUGCUGCGGACGGAGGAAGCACCCAGUGAAGCAGUCGCGUACACCUAUACCGUGGAGUUGGGAAGUGCGAAGUCCCGUGCUGCCGUCUUCAAACAAUGGCAGGCGCUCAUUAUGGACCCACAGCUCAGCCGUAAAUUUGCCAGCGUGUGCACUAUCACGCAAGCCGCAAUGGUCAUCUCCGGCACCUACUUUGGCAGUGAGGCGGAGUUCAAUGAAUUAGGCUUAGGGGAGCGGUUCCCUGGUGUCACUAGCUCAAGCGCCAUUAUUUUCACGGACUGGCUAGGCCUAGCAGCCCACUGGGCGGAGCAGUCGCUGCUGGAUUUGACAGGCUCUAUUCCCGCGUCGUUUUACUCUCGCUGUUUGUCAUUUACGGAGAGAACACCCAUCAGUGAGGAGGGUAUCGACCGGAUGUUUAACUACCUCGCUACCAAGCAGUCCGGAGCUCUGCUGUGGCUCCUAUACUUUGAUCUCGAGGCAGGGGCUAUCAAUGACGUGCCAACGGAUGCGACAGGGUACGCCCACCGUGACGUACUCUUUUGGAUGCAGUCGUAUGCAGUUAGUUUGGGUCCGGUGUCGGGAACAACAUAUGACUUUCUGGAUGGGCUCAAUGAAGUCGUCAGGAAUGGCACGCCGGGCAUCGGUAUCGGCGUAUAUCCGGGGUACGUCGAUCCAAGACUAGAAAACCCACGACAGUCGUACUGGGGGAGUAAUCUGGGAAGGUUGAGUCAGAUUAAAGGUUAUUUGGACCCGGAUGAUGUGUUCCAUAAUCCACAGGGCGUCCUGCCGGCAUAG